CAUGGCUCAUCUGGCUGAUGUCUCAGGCAUUAGCAUUGGACAAUUGUAAUUUCAGGAGAAACAACAUUGAGCCAGGCUGACAGAAGCAAAGAUGGUGCUGAACCAAUGGCAUCUUUUAAAUGUGUUAGUGCUACUACAUUUGGUGGCAGGAACAAGGGUAAAGCUCAACAAUGGUGGCUUCGAAGAUGUUGUUAUUGCAAUUAACCCUGGAUUACCUGAAGAUGACAAAAUAAUUGACAACAUUAAGGAAAUGGUUACAGAGGCUUCAUCUUACCUCUUCAAUGCUAGCCAGCAAAGGUUUUAUUUCAAGACAGUAAAAGUUGUAAUCCCAUUGACAUGGACACCCAAAACUGAGUAUAAAAGAGUUACCACUGAAUCUUAUGAAAAUGCUGAUGUCAUCGUGGCUGAUCCUUACUUGAAAUACGGAGACGAUCCUUACACCUUGCAGUAUGGAGGGUGUGGGGAACAGGGGCGAUACAUCCAUUUCACAUCUAACUUCCUGACUAAUGACAGCUUGCAUGAUGUUUAUGGAUCACGAGGCAGAGUCUUUGUUCAUGAAUGGGCUCAUCUCAGAUGGGGUGUCUUUGAUGAAUACAACAACGAUGCACCUUUCUACACUACUGGAACAAACAAGGCUGAAGCAACCAGAUGUUCAGCAGCUAUCACUGGUCAAUAUAGAAUCCAAACUACCCCUGGAAGUACUAGAAAAUGCAAAAUUGACCAUCGAAGUCAGCUUUAUGAGGCUGGAUGCCAAUUUAUUCCAGAUAAAGUACAAACUACUCCAGUGUCUAUAAUGUAUGCACAGAGUAUCUCUUCAGUUACCCAGUUCUGUGACGAAAGCAACCAUAACAUUAAUGCAGCAAAUAUGCAAAACAAACUCUGCAACUACAGAAGCACAUGGGAAGUUAUUAUGAACUCCACUGACUUUGCUAGUUCAUCUCCCAUAAAUACUCCUUUCCUUGACCCCACCAUCGUCUUGAUGCAAACACGGGAUAGAGCUUUGUGUCUAGUACUUGAUGUCUCUGGGAGCAUGCAAGAUAAUGAUCGACUUCUCCGUCUGAGGCAAGCUGCAGAAAUAUUCCUCUUGCAGAUUAUUGAAACAGGGUCCUGGGUUGGAAUUGUGACAUUUAAUAGCGCAGCAACAAUUCAGACUGGUUUGCAACAUAUUGUCAGUGAUGCAGUACGCCAAACUCUUACAACUUAUUUGCCUACUUCAGCAGGCGGAGGAACUCGCAUAUGUGCUGGUGUGGAAAAAGGAUUUCAGGUGUUUUUACAAAAAUAUCCAAGUACAGAAGGCUGUGAAAUUGUGCUCCUGACAGAUGGAGAAGAUAAAACCAUAAGCUCUUGCUUUACUAAUGUUGCAAACAGUGGCUCUGUAAUUCACACCAUAGCUUUGGGGCCAAGUGCUGCCAAAGAACUAGAAAUGUUGGCAGACAUGACAGGAGGCUUGAAAUUUUCUGCUACAGAUCGUUUGGAUUCUAAUGGCCUCAUAGACGUUUUCAGUGCAAUUCCAUCAGGAAGUGGAAACACCAGUCAACAAUCUAUUCAGCUGGAAAGUAAAGGAGAAAGCAUCAAUCCCAACCAGUGGCUGGAUGGUAUUGUAUCUAUUGAUAAAACUGUGGGAAAUGAUACUUUCUUUGUAGUUACAUGGAGUCUGAGCACAUAUCCACCGGGAAUUUUCCUAACGGAUCCAAAAGGGAGAAGAUACACACAGGCCAACUUUGUCAUUGACAAGACCAAUAUCCGAACAGCUCGACUCCAGAUUCCUGGAACCGCAUUGGCAGGAAAUUGGGUGUAUUCAAUUCUGAACACCCACUCAACAGCUCAGGUCAUAUCAGUCACAGCCACCACCCGAGCAGCAUCUGCAUCUGUGCCUCCAGUGAUGGUGAAGUCCUACGUCAACAAAGACACCAAUAGUUAUCCUAGCCCAAUUAUCAUUUAUGCGGAGGUCAGCCAAGGAUUUUUGCCAGUGAUUGGUGCAAAUGUCACAGCAGCGGUUGAAUCAGCAUCUGGACAAACUGAGGAGUUAGAGCUUCUUGAUGAUGGUUGGGGUGCUGAUAUUAUAAUGUAUGAUGGGAUCUACUCAAGAUAUUUUGUAGCGUUCAAAGAAAAUGGUAGAUACAACAUUAAAGUGCGUAUCCAGGGUCAAAAUGAGACUGUCAGACGUACCCGCAGACAGAGCCUGUCUCUUUAUAUACCAGGUUAUGUAGAAAAUGGUGAAAUAAAAAUGAAUGCACCCAGACUUGAAGUGAGUGAGGAUGAAAUCCAAGCAGACAUAGAAGAUUUCAGCAGAACCACGUCAGGUGGUUCUUUUGCAAUGUCAGGGGUAGCUGCUGGAAAUCUGAAGGAUGUCUUCCCACCCUGUGCAAUCACUGACCUUGAGGUAGAACCAGUUGAUGAGGGUGAAUUCCUUUUAUCUUGGACUGCUCCAGGAGAUGAUUAUGAUUCAGGAAAAGCUGAAAGAUAUGAAAUCAAAAUGAGUGAAAGCCUCUUGGAAUUAAGAUAUAACUUUACUAAUGCCACUUCCCUGAAUACAUCUAAUUUGAUACCUGAAAUUGCUGGGGUCAAACAAUACUUCCAGUAUAAGCCUGAAAAUGUCACAAAAGAAAAUGACACCAUACUCUACUUUGCCAUUCGUGCCAUUGAUAACAGCAACAACAUUGGACAAGCAUCUAAUAUAGCAAGGGCUGUUCUUCUUGCGACGUUGCCCACUACCCCUAGUCCAGCCACAAGUGACCACCACACUACAUUUCCUGCUGAAAGUAAUGAUGCUCAUAAUGGGUUAAAUACUGUUGCCAUAGUUCUAAUUAUAGUGUGUGUUGCUGCAGUUAUUAUCUGUGCUAUUGUUGGCAUAACAGUAUGCCUUUUAUGCAAGAAAAAAACCCGGACAUUAUGAAACAGGAAUGUGAUAACACUGCUAGUUAUGACUAUGGACAAAAUGGCUUCCCAUGUAAUAGUGAAUGAGCAUCCACAUAUUUGUGGUUGAAAUACCUGUGACAGCACAAAAUCCAUGUAUUUAAAAUUGUAUCUGCUCUGAUCAUGUACAAAGUAAAAGCAAGAUCUAUUUCAUUGUAAGAUGUGUAACAACGGUUGCCAAAUCCACCUACACUUGUGGUACAGCUCCUCCCAUUCUGUUCAUUCAGAUACACUUCUCUUUUGCCCAGUUCCCGCUCUGACAGAGUGAAGAAGAGGGCUGAAAGUUGUGCCCACAGGUUAGGAAAGCCAGGUCCCAGGAACGUAGCAAACUCUGUGUGGCAGAACAGUUUUUGUUCAGACUUCUUCACUAUUGGCCAUCCUCAGUAGCUAUA